AUGCGACUGGUGUCUACACCACAGCCUUCCCUGAAAGGGGAUGUUCUGGAAGGACAGAAAAGCUUUCCAAAGGACAACGACUCGUCCCACCGCCAUGUUCUUUCCGAUGGUUUCCAGUCUUCAGAACAUCAGUCAUCGUCCUCUCCAUCCGAAUCUCAGUUCUUGACCAUUGCAGGGCCGGCAUCCAAGCUCAAGGCGUAUCCGGCUUGCCUGUUCUGUCGAGGAGAAUCUGCAGCCACCAAUCCUCAAAGACGUCUUGGCAUCGCCCCCCUUGGCAACAUCUACUUUGGAGGUCAAAACUUUGGUGCCAUUUGCCCUCGCAACGGCAUCCCUCAUCUAACCCCCCAUUGUGAGCAAUGGAUACGAGAAAGAUGCGGACAAGAACCCAGGUUUCGCCAUCUAUUUUCUGGCAAUACACCUCGAUCCCAUUUCUCAGGGUCUGAUAUUGUCCCGACCUUUGUGUCAGUCCAGGCUCAAGUAAAGCAGCCUGGCCUUCCGGACAAAUGGAUCGUCCAUGGUCUUGUGUCUGCAUUUACAAACUCAGAAUUCAGUCUGGCCUUUCCACUCAUGAACCCGGUUCUCUUUGAAGAGACGAUACGGCUGGCAUACAGUCCAGACGAGAUGGAACCUCCGCUUGAGCGUGUUACCGCAAAAGCCUGCGUCCUCGCCUUCGUCUCCUUGGCUAGCUCCCAUUGUCCAAAUGCGAAUGGAGCACCAUAUGUUGACAUGGAUUCAUGUGCCAGAGAUGCGCAAAUCUUGCUGUCCGACAUCAUAGAGGACACGAGUAUCACGACGCUGCAAACAAUCCUAAUGCUGAUGCUACACGAGACACUUUGUGGCCGCCUGCAAGCGUCUUCCAUGUACCACGCCCUUGCCUGCAGAACAGUCUUUGCCCUUGGCGGACACACCGUCAUGCUACCAACGCCCAAAGAUCGUGAGCUCACAAUGGAGGAGCAUGAGGACCGUCAUCUUCGCCUGCUCUUUUGGCUUUGUUACGUGCUUGACAAGGACAUUUCUUUGCGAAACGGACAACCGCCAGCGAUUCCCGAUCAGUUCUGUGAUCUAACUCUCCCCGAAGGAUACGCCCAGAGCCGCUUCCUCCCCCGGCAACCGGGCCAGAUGCAGAACCCUUGGCUUCCCAGCGAUUUGAGGCUCAGUAUUCUUAAGUCAAAGGCUGUGCAGUCGCUCUACUCCCAUGCGUCUCUGCGAAAAUCCGAUGCCGAGCUGCUCAAGACAAUCAGGGAGCUGGACGAAGAGCUGGAAACGUGGCGCACCUCGAUUCCCGAAGCAUUUUCUCCCAAUCUCUCCGUUAAAAAUGACACCAGACUCGAGGGGGUGACAAGCAUGUCCAUCAACAUGCUCCUCAUCGAGCUGCAUCUCGACUAUCACUUCUUGCUGAACACGAUUCAUUGCGCGAGCAGUCGUUGCCUCACGAGAGGGAGCAGCGAUCCGCAACAAAUCUCCUUCGGUGUGCAGUCUAGCUUCGAUCUGUCCGUGGAGGCUAGCAGAUCGACCAUAAUAUACUUGAGCAUGUCGGCAAGCAGGCUUGCAGGAGAGGCAUUCUGGUUCUUCGUUUUCUACCCGCUAUCCGCACUGAUGAAUCUGUUUUUCAACAUCUUGCAAAACCCGGGCCACGCGCUCGCUGUCCAUGACAUGGAGCUUCUGGGCAAGACUUCUCAGAUUAUCCGGAGCAUGCCCAUUCGCAGGGUCACCUCUCACGAAACCGAGUACCUGACCAAGAUGGAUAACCUGGUAGCCGAGCUGUGCCGACUCAGCAAGUGUGCCAUCGAGAAGCACCAGGCGAUGCUUUCAUCCUAUCAGGCAGGCAAUGGCAUGUAG